GUGUUCUGCCCUGUCUCUGUGUCCCCCCUCUGUGUCCUGUGGCCGUGUCCUCCCCAUCCCCUGUCCCCGUCUCUUCACGUCACCUCUGUGUUCCUCCUCCCUUCUCCGUGUACCGUGUCCUUCCACGGCCUCGUGUCCUCACUGUGUCCCCCCAUGUCGCUACAUGUGUCCCCAUCCCUCGUGUGUCCCCUGUCCCCUGUUCCGUGUCCCCCCCGUCCUCCCCACAUCCCACAUUGCCCGUGUCCCUCGUGUCCCUCGUGUCCCUCGUGUCCCCUCCCCUUUUCUGUCCCUGAAGCCACCGCAGCUUCUGCUUUCGGGGUGUGGGUGACGCCCCCCAACACCCACGGGGGAGACGGAGCUCGGGGGGGCCUCCCCCACCCUCCUGGCCCUGAAAGCGGAACCGGGGCCUCGCACGGCCCCUCUGGGGGGCCCCGGUUCCUCUUUCCGGGCCGAGGGCGGCCCGCGGGGUCACCGGGUGCCCGCUGGUGUCCCCAGGCCAUGGACCCCCCCCGGCGGGUGCGCCUCAAGCCCUGGCUGGUGGCCCAGGUCAGCAGCCGCCGCUUCCCGGGGCUCCACUGGCUCGACCCCGAGCGCCGCCGCUUCGUCAUCCCCUGGGGACACGCCACCAGGAACCCCCCGGGACCCCAGGACCACGACACCAUCUUCAAGGCGUGGGCGCAGGAGACGGGCCGGUUCCGGGCCGGGGACCCGCCGGACCCCCCGCGCUGGAAGGCCACCCUGCGCUGCGCCCUCAACAAGAGCCGCGAGUUCCGGCUGCUGCUGGACGGGCCCCGCGGGUCCCCGGCCCGGCCCUUCCGCGUCUACGAGCUCUGCGAGGAGCCCCCCGGGGCCGCAGAUGGGGGGGACGAGGAUGACAAUGGCUGCAGCGGGGAGGAAGAUGUCAGCCAGCUCAACAUGACAUCCCUGAGCAUCGAUGACACGCAGCACGGGGGGGACCUGCUGCCCCCCUACUCCUGGGCCAAGGAGGAGCCGCCCCCCUUUGCCAGCUGCUGUCCCCCGGGGGGCCCCUUCGGGCCUCCCCCCCCGGCGCUGCUCCAGGGGGAGGCGGGGGGCACCCGCGGGGUCCCUGAGCUGCUCCCCGGCCCCCUCGCUGAGACGGGGCCCCCCCUGGGCCCCCCGGGACCCUCGUCCACCUGCCCGGUGGCACCGACAGAGCAGCUGAUCCCGGACCUGCUCGUCAGCCCCCACAUGCGGGCUGCGGUGACUGACCUGGAGCUGAAGUUCCAGUACCGGGGCCGCCAGGUCUGUGCCCUGACCGUCAGCAACCCCCACGGCUGCCGGCUGUUCCACAGCAGCCUGGAGCCCACGCGGGAGCAGGAGGAGCUCUUCGGGCCCCUGACGCUGGAGCAGGUGCCCUUCCCUGCUCCCGACGCCAUUCCCAACGAGAAGCAGCGUUUCUACACCCACCAGCUGCUGGACGUGCUGGACCGAGGGCUCAUCCUGGAGCUCCAGGGCCAGGAUCUCUUCGCCCUCCGGCUCUGCCAGUGCAAGGUCUUCUGGACGGGGCCCUGUGCCGCUCCCCGGCCCGGCCCCAACCCCAUCCAGAGGGAGAGAAGGACCAAGCUCUUCAGCCUCGAGGGCUUCCUCAACGGCCUCAUCCAGUUCCAGAAGGGGCAGACCCCCACCCCGCCCCCCUUCGAGAUCUUCCUCUGCUUCGGCGAGGAGUGGCCGGACCAGAAGCCCAAGGAGAAGAAGCUGAUCACGGUGCAGGUGGUGCCGGUGGCGGCGCGGCUGCUGCUGGAGAUGUUCUCCGGGGAGCUGUCCUGGUCGGCCGACAGCAUCCCGCUGCAGAUCUCGCACCCCGACCUCAAGGACAGGAUGGUGGAGCAGUUCAAGGAGCUGCACCAGCUCUGGCAGAGCCACCAGCGGCUGCCGCCAGCGCAGCCCCUGCCCGGCCCCUCCGCAGGGCCCUGGGCACUGCCAGCCGGGCCCCUGCCCCUCUGAGGGGACAUGGUGACACCCAUGGCACUGCCAGCCGGGCCCCUGCCCCUCUGAGGGGACAUGGUGACACCCAUGGCACUGCCACCAGGGCCCCUGCCCCUCUGAGGGGACACGGUGACACCCAUGGCACUGCCACCAGGGCCCCUGCCCCUCUGAGGGGUGACAGGGACACCCAUGGCACUGCCAGCCGGGCCCCUGCCCCUCUGAGGGGACACGGUGACACCCGAUCCCCUGCCCCUCUGAGGGGACAGUGACAGCCGUGACACUGCCAGCCGGGCCCCUGCCCCUCUGAGGGGACAGUGACAGCCGUGGCACUGCCAGCCGGGCCCCUGCCCCUCUGAGGGGUGACAGGGACACCUGUGGCACUGCCCCUCUGAGGGGACACGGUGACACCCGAUCCCCUGCCCCUCUGAGGGGACAGUGACAGCCGUGGCACUGCCAGCCGGGGUGAGUCGCUCCGUGGCCCUGUCCCCAUCCCUGUCCCUGUCCCCAGCCCCGUGUCCCCGGGUGCCCUGCAGGGGACGGGGAUGUGCCCUGGAGCGGAGCAGCCGGAGCCCCCUCCCUGCGCCCGGGGGGAAACUGGAGCCCCCAGGGAUGGGGAACACCCAGUGCUGGGGCCGGGACACAGAGCUGCCUCAGCCCUGGGAAGAACCAAAGGAACCUUGGGAGGUUUUAAGUUAUUUUUUCAGUUUUUUGAUGUUUUUUAUUGUCUCGAGAUGGCUACACACCCCCGGAGGGAACCGCAUGCGCCCGCCCGCCCUGCCCGCACUCGAGCCACCGCCUCCUACCCCCGAUCAAACCAAAGAAAACCCCAAAAAAGGGAAAAAAAAAAAAAGAAAAAAAAAACCAAACAA